UGCGUCGUGACGUCACUGAGCUCCAGCACAGCAACAAAAGAGGAUGCGGAGCUGCGCGCGGGAGCCGAAUCCCGUUAAAAUGCAUUUAUUUUGCUUUGCGAGACCUAACACAUAACCAUGUAACAUUUGUCCGUAUUUAUAUGGAUAAAUGAAGUGGCGCAGGAUUCGUUGUAGGAAGCGGGAGGAGAGAGAGAAUGUACUGGGUCGCUGGUUUUGCCUCCUCCCGCUCGUUCGUGGUUGAUCUUGGCCGGAAUCAGAGCCCGUCCCUCGGGUUGUGUUGCUCUGAUGAGCGUCACUUAUUUCAUGGAUACAUAGUAGCCAUCCCUGUGCAGUAUUUCGGCGGGAUCAUGUCGGGUCUGGUAUCGGAUUCCUGGUGGAGGAAGACGCUUUACAUCACCGGAGGUGCCCUGCUGGCUGCGGCUGCGUAUCUGCUGCACGAGCUGCUCUCCAUCAGGAAAGAACAACAGUUGGAUUCUAAAGAUGCCAUCAUCCUUCACCAGUUCUCCAGGCCAAAAAACGGGGUGCCAAGCCUUUCACCUUUCUGCCUGAAAAUGGAGACCUAUCUGCGCAUGGUUGAUCUCCCCUAUCAAAAUUACUUCGAUGGAAGCCUCUCUUCCCAGGGCAAGAUGCCUUGGAUCGAGUAUAAUUACAAGCAGGUGUGCGGUACUGAAUUUAUAAUUGACUUUCUGGAGGAGAAACUUGGUGUGAGCCUAAACAAGAGUCUAAGCGCUCAGGAGCAGGCGGUAGCGCAGGCCAUCACCACCAUGGUGGAGGAACACUUGUACUGGACCAUUGCUUACUGUCAGUGGGUGGAUAAUGUUGAAGAGACUCGAAGGAUGCUGGACUUUCCCGGGCCCCUCAGUGACCUGCUGAAAUGGAUCCUGUGUCAGCUGACUGGUGGCAUUGUAAAGCGAGAGAUGUACUGUCACGGCAUUGGCUGCUUCACUAAGGAGGAAGUUUACACCCUCAUGGAGAAGGACAUGCGCACACUGGCCACACUGCUAGGGGAUAAGAAGUACAUCAUGGGUCCCAAGCUGUCCAGUGUGGAUGCCACGGUGUUCGGUCACCUUGCGCAAGCCAUGUGGACACUGCCUGGCACACGGCCUGAGCAGCUCAUUAAAGGAGAACUGAUCAACCUCGCCAUGUACUGUGAGCGCAUACGGAGGAAGUUCUGGCCCGAGUGGUUUGUGGACUUGGAGGACUUCUGUUACGACAGCGACAAUGAUGCUAGCAGCGGGACCCCUACCUGUAUGCUGGACCUUGGUCUCUUUUCCAGGACAGACACUUUAGAGGGAAGUGAUCUAAGCCUCCAGUCACACAGUAAUACACACUCGCAAGACUCGGACCACUCUGCACGCUCGCUCUCAGACUCUGACAUUGAAGCAGAUGGCUCGGAUGUGGAGCAGCAGGUCACGGGUAAAAUCUAAAAAGAGGUUGCUUUUUAUCUGGUGUAAGAGAGCUUUUUGGGAUGCAUUGUGGCUCCAGAACUCUUAUUGAUAUUUCUUGCCUGGAUAAAUCACACUUUGAUGAACCUGAAUAAAAAAAACUAAAUGUGUUAGUCAUGGACAUGUACACAUAAAGAUUUACACCACAGAAGUUGAACGCAUGUUAAAGAUCCUUCAUUCUCAUCAUUGUAAAAAAUUAUGCCUCCAUCCUUCUCAGAAGUGUUUGUUUGUUUCAUUAUGGUUUCUAAUUAGCUUUCAUUUCAAGGAAACAAAUAUUUCAUGGUUUUACA